AAAGGAAGUGUUCCCAGUAUGUCCCCGUAAAGAGCCUCAUUCCCUAUGUGUGUGUGUGUGUGUGUGUGUGUUUCCAGUUCUAGUCCAAGACAUACAGAUGCAAACCUGGAGAUGAGAUCUGAAGAAAGCUGGAGCCAUGUUGACCUUGUACACCGUGAAGAAGCAGAUUCUGUCUCAGAAAGGCCCACCAUCAAUGUAGAUGAGGAAGAUGGUGGUUUCCAAAUCUGCCGUGUAUGUGGGGACAAGGCCAAUGGCUAUCACUUCAAUGUCAUGACGUGUGAAGGAUGCAAGGGAUUUUUCAGAAGGGCCAUGAAACGCAAUGUCCGGCUGAGGUGCCCCUUCCGCAAGGGGACCUGCGAGAUCACCCGGAAGACACGGCGGCAGUGCCAGGCCUGCCGGUUGCGCAAGUGCCUGGAGAGCGGCAUGAAGAAGGAGAUGAUCAUGUCCGAUGCCGCCGUGGAGCAGAGGCGGGCCUUGAUUAAGAGGAAGAAGAGGGAAAAGAUUGAGGCUCCACUCUCUGUAGGGCAGGGGCUGACUGAAGAACAGCAGGCGCUGAUCCAGGAGCUGAUGGAUGCUCAGACGAAGACCUUUGACACCACUUUCUCCCACUUCAAGGAUUUCCGGCUGCCUGCAGUGCGUAACAGUGGCUGUGAGCUCCCAGAGUUUCUGCAGGCCUCACUGCUGGAAGACCCUGCCGCAUGGAGUCAAAUCAUGAAAGAUACGGUUCCAAUGAGGAUCUCUCUGAAGCUUCGGGGAGAAGACGGCAGCAUCUGGAACUACCAACCCCCAUCCACGAGCGAUGGGAAAGAGAUCAUUCCUCUGCUGCCACAUCUGGCCGAUGUGUCAACUUACAUGUUCAAGGGUGUCAUCAACUUUGCCAAAGUCAUCUCCUACUUCAGGGACCUGCCUAUUGAGGACCAGAUUUCCCUGCUGAAGGGAGCCACUUUUGAGAUGUGCCUACUGAGGUUCAACACGAUGUUCGACACAGAAACUGGAACCUGGGAGUGCGGUCGGCUGGCCUACUGCUUUGAAGAUCCUGAUGGUGGCUUCCAGAAACUUCUGCUGGACCCGCUGAUGAAAUUCCACAGCAUGCUGAAGAGCCUGCACCUGCAUAAGGAGGAGUACGUGCUGAUGCAAGCCAUCUCCCUCUUCUCCCCAGACCGUCCUGGUGUGGUACAGCGCAGUGUGGUGGACCAGCUGCAGGAACGAUUUGCCCUCACCCUGAAGGCCUACAUCGAGUGCUGUCGGCCAUAUCCUGCUCACAGGUUCCUGUUCAUGAAGAUUAUGGCUGUUCUCACUGAGCUGCGCAGUAUCAACGCCCAGCAGACUCAGCACCUGCUGCGCAUCCAAGACACACAUCCCUUCGUCACCCCCCUCAUGCAGGAGUUAUUCAGCAGCACGGAUAGCUGAGUGGCUGCCCCUGGGUGGAGAUCUCAUGGGUUGGCCAGACCCAGACAUUCUGAAUCACCACUUCUAGGGCUAGACUGACAGAAGAACAGACUGAUAGCGAACAAUGGCCCAGGACUGCAGUUGGCUAACAUUCCCCUGGAAAAGGACAUGGAGCCCCAAGUUCAGCCUGUGGGAAGUGCUGGCCUAUCGAUUAGCCCCAUCCUUGUGCUUGGGAAUAAAACCCCAAAUCCCACUAAAUUCUAAGAUGUUGGGUGGGAAAGGAGGAACCAGGUCAAGCUAUGUAAAGGUGUCCAUACCCCACACAUUCCCAACCCCAGGCUUCCCCUUGGGCCACUUGUACCUUCCAGACUUGAGCUCACCAUCAGGUUCAUUAGCAUCACAGAAGCUUGUUCUGGCCACAUCACUCAGGUUCCUGCAUCUGACCAGACAAGACACACUGUUAAUCGCUAACAUUGUGACCUUCUGUGGGGAUACAGCAUGAACUCAGAUAUGGAUCCCAGCCUCAGAGUUCAAGAAG